ACAUUCCAUAAUUCCCAAUAUUUCUCAUAGCUCAUCGUCAAACACAACAUGGGAUUAUUAAUGUUGUUACUUUGCUUGGUUUUGUCUUGGACAUUCAUCAAGACAUUUAGGCAGAAAAUUAAGAAAGGCCCAAUAAAUUGGCCUAUUAUUGGGGCAGGCUUAGAACAAUGGGUGAAUUUCGACAGGAUGCAUGAUUGGCUGGUUGAGUAUUUGUCUCAAUCCCCAACUGUUGUUGUUCCUUCCAUGACCACAACUUACACUUACAUUGCUCAUCCAACUAAUGUUGAACAUGUUCUCAAAACAAACUUUUAUAACUAUCCAAAGGGUGAAGUGUAUCAUUCAUAUAUGGAAGUUUUGCUUGGAGAUGGUAUCUUUAAUGUGGAUGGUGAGCUUUGGAGGAAACAAAGGAAGACUGCUAGUUUUGAGUUUGCCUCAAAGAAUUUAAGGGAUUUCAACACUAUAGUUUUUAGGGAUUAUAGCCUUAAACUCUUUAAAAUUCUCAAUCAAGCAUCUUUCAAGAGUGAGCAAGUAGACAUGCAGGAUCUGUUGAUGAGGAUGACUCUGGACUCAAUAUGUAAGGUUGGAUUUGGUGUAGAGAUAGGAACAUUGGACCCAAAUUUACCAGAGAAUAGCUUUGCAAAGGCAUUUGAUGCUGCAAAUGUCAUUGUGACAUUAAGAUUCAUUGACCCUUUGUGGAAAAUCAAACAAUUUCUCAACAUAGGAUCAGAAGCCAUCCUUGAUCAGAGUAUAAGAAAAAUUGAUGAUUUCACAUAUUCUGUCAUAAGAAAAAGGAAAGCAGAGAUAGAAACAAAUGACAAAAUUAAUAAGCAUGACAUAUUGUCAAGAUUCAUAGAAUUAGGAAAAGACCCUGAGAACAAUGUUACUGAUAAAAGCCUAAGAGACAUUGUCCUGAACUUUGUCAUCGCGGGUCGCGAUACAACUGCAACAACUCUGUCUUGGGCUGUAUACAUGAUUAUGACUCACGAGCACGUAGCUGAGAAGCUCUAUGCGGAGUUGAUGUCAUUGGAACAAGUUCGCGCUAAAGAAGAGAACAUGUUAUUGCAUCAGUAUGAUGCGGAGGAUCCUGAAUCAGUCAACUCGAGAGUGAUACAAUUCGCAUGGCUCCUAAAUUAUGACUCAUUGGGAAAAUUAUACUACCUGCAUGCUGUGAUUACGGAGACUCUUCGAUUGUACCCUGCUGUUCCUCAGGAUCCUAAGGGAAUAUUGGAAGAUGAUGUUUUACCAGAUGGAACAAAGUUAAAGGCUGGAGGAAUGGUGACAUAUGUACCUUACUCUAUGGGAAGAAUGGAAUACAAUUGGGGCUCUGAUGCAGCUUCAUUCAAUCCUGAGAGAUGGCUUAAAGAUGGGGUUUUCCAAAAUGCAUCUCCAUUCAAAUUCACUGCUUUCCAGGGAGGGCCAAGGAUUUGCUUAGGGAAGGACUCAGCAUAUCUUCAGAUGAAAAUGGCACUUGCAAUUUUGUGUAGAUUCUAUAAAUUCAAGUUGGUGCCUGGGCAUCCAGUCAAGUACAGGAUGAUGACCAUUUUAUCAAUGGAACAUGGUCUAAAGCUUACAGUUUCAUUGAGAUCUUGAAAAUCCAAAAUGUGUAAAUGUUUAUGCUGGCUAGAUUUUAAUUUCAAAUUGUAACUAACUUAUAUGGUUAAAAUAAAGUCUUUCAC